AGACUGAUCUUCUCUGUUAUCUUUCCAGUGUGAGUGCACGAAAGGAUCUCACAGAUGAACAUGUGGCCCCUGACACUCCAGCCACCUCUUCUGCACCAGUCUCACCUCCAGCUGAGGCUCAGACGAACAAAUCAAAGAAGGCUUCCUGGUGGCGCAGAUGGCUUUUUUGUGAGAAAAAGUCAAAGGUUUUUCCCAAAAAUGAAGACAAGGCAGAAGACACGGUCGUGCCACCUUCUGAACCCCAACAGAGUACCAUCAGCACUGAAAAAUGUGAAGUCAAGGACGUUGGUGUCCAGACAGAGGUUUCCUGCCCUCCCAACUCGCUGCUGUUUUUCUGCACGAAAAAGGUGACCUUAGAUGAUGAGCCGCGUUGUCCUGAAGUCAAUGAGAGAGAUGAACCAGUUUCCAGGCCGUGUACCCCAGCAGGUCACGGUGGUAGCCAGGGAGCCAUGCUAAGAGACCACGUCACACACUGCUGACUAACAUACGAUGAUGAGUUCGUCAAUGAUGAGCAGCGGCAGAGAACAGCUUACCUGCUGUUCUAUGAAAAACAGAUGAUGAGGCUGCCAUGGCGGGUCCUGGCUCCACACACAGCACCUGUAAGGAGAGCCUCCUCAGUCCCUGCAGGGCUGAUGAACUUUGUCCCCGCCUGCAGCACCACCGACGCCCACUCACUGGAGCUGCUGCAGGACUUUGUGACCCGAGCCAGACGCCUGUUUGUCAUCACCGGAGCGGGUCUGUCCACGGAGUCGGGCAUCCCCGAUUACCGUUCAGAGGGCGUCGGGCUGUACGCCCGCACUGACAGACGACCCAUGCAGUACGCAGAGUUUGUCCGCAGCGCAAAGUCCCGUCAGCGCUACUGGGCCAGAAACUUCGUCGGAUGGCCGCAGUUUUCCUCCCACCAGCCGAACUCUGCACACAAGGCCCUGCAGCGGUGGGAGGACAGGGGCAAGCUGCACUGGCUGGUUACGCAGAAUGUAGAUGCUCUUCACUCAAAGGCGGGUCAGAAGAGACUCACAGAGCUCCACGGCUGUGCCCACAGGGUCACGUGCCUUGGCUGUGGUGCCAUCUCAGCACGGGAGGAGCUCCAGAGGCGAUUUAUAUCUUUAAACCCAGAGUGGCGAGCUCAGGCUGGCGCCGUGGCCCCAGACGGAGACGUCUUCUUGGAGGAUGAGCAGGUCCUCCAUUUCAGAGUUCCCUCCUGUGAUGACUGCGGCGGGAUACUGAAGCCUGAGGUCACGUUUUUUGGAGACUCCGUGAACAAAGCAACUGUGCAGUUUGUGCACGAAAGGCUGGCAGAGUCGGAUGCGGUGCUCGUUGUGGGGUCAUCUUUACAGGUGUACUCAGGAUACAGGUUUUUACUGGCAGCGAGGGACAGGGAGAUGCCGGUCGCCAUCCUGAACAUAGGGCCCACCCGAGCAGACCACCUGGCUGAGCUGAAAGUCAGCGGCCGCUGCGGGGAAGUGCUGUCAGUCAUUCAGCCGCUCUGACUGACCGCAGCCUAAAAAGCUUGAAGUGCUCUGCUGGUUAGGUUAAAACUACCUCAGAUUUAUGGAAACAGUUGCUCUCUGUUGUUACACGCUGUAUGCAGGUGACUGAAUGUUAAUAAUUGUGAGCUAUAAAUGUGUCAGACUUGAAUCCAGCUGAUCUUCAUACAGCAGGUUGGUGUCAGGGAGCUGAAAUCCUGUCUCUGCAAUCAAAUGUCAACCUACCAGGAAAACAGAAAGACUGUGCUUUGUUGUGUGAUUGUUGGUUUUAGGUUGAAAUAAUAAUGGCAUGCAGGUCAGAUGUGUGAAGUGAAAUGAAAAUUUGCAGGCUUGAAGAAAAACAGAGGUACCCCGUUUUCUUCCUCAAGCUCUUUUCACUUUAUAAAUGGACUGCAUUCAUGUAGAAUGUCUUUUCAAGUCUUAUCAAACACACAAAGCACCAUCACUAGGUACUGACGACACCUUUGGAAUCAAACGCUCUUAUUCUGAUAAGACAAAAACACACAUGGUGGCUGCUCUUAUGUCGAUGGGAAGAUGCAAUAUAAAUGUUUAUUUUCAUGUUCUGCCACCAGAUCUGUUUUAAAAGGUGCAAUUUGUUCUUCUUCCUUUUUUUAAUUAUGCAAUACUCAGAUGGUUAGUAUUUUGAUUGAUUUUAAAUGCUGCCAUAUUCAUUUUAAUCAGUUUUUGUGAAUUUCAGUUUAAAGUAGGUUGAAUUAAUAUUUUUUCAGGCUGGAUUUUAAAGUGGCAUUAUGCUGUCUUUUUAAGGUUAUGUGGUGAAAACUUUCUGUAAUAAAAUAUUCAGAAAAUAAGAGUUGUUUUUUUUUAAUUUAUUAUCACACUUGCAAGAUGGAAAUAUUCAUCAUUAAAGAAGUCUCAAACCUUGGUGUAUCAAACAUAAGGCCCAGGGGCCAGAAUCAGAUAACAAAGAUUCCAAUCUGGUCCUGCAUGACUUUUGAAAACACGAAGAAUGUAAAAUUUUGGACUGAAUGUAUUUUCAUAAGUUUUCAUGCUGAUAAAGAGCUCCCUCAUUGCUAUUCAUACUACACCAAAGUAAUUAAGCAGUAGAUAACAAUGAAAUUACAGAACAUUUCCUGUAUAAUACAGAAAUGUCUGUCUUUUACAAUGUGUGCAUAGUAAGAAAAAAAUCUGAAUUAACAGAGACUUUCUCUUUUCUAAUUACAAAGUAGUCUGAGCAUGAGGCUACCAGAUCUUUUUCUGUAACAUUUAUCUCCCAACUUAAGCCUGAAGAGACGUGCUGACAGAUUUUUCCAUUAACUACAGCAGCAUUUCUGUAUCCGUGGAAAAACUGAGAUAUGCUGUAGAAAUCGCACUGCUUUUUCUGAUAUUAACAUGUCUCAGAGAUUAAACGUGUAGUUAAACUUUACACUGACAGAAAGUGGAGUUUCACUGUUGCGGCCCGCUGAAGAUCAGAGUGGGCUGUAUGUAGUUUGACAUCCCGCUCUAACAAAACACCUUUUUCUCACACUAGUCUUAACCUGAGUUAUGUAUUGUCAGGUCAUGUUGCAUUAUAGUCGGUAUUUUCAUGAGUGAGGUCAAUAACAAUAUAGUUAACUCUGAUCAGGUGGUCUCCCUCUCCUGGAACCUGCCGCCCACGUCAAUAACCCAACAGCUGUUUUGACAGUGUUUAUUACAGUCAUAAAUAAUCAAACAUAACCCAGAGCAUUUUGCUUUAAAGACAAAAUUACAUCAUGUUCACAAACAAACCGAGGGCAGUGUGACUACAGAUUGAUUAAUCGUGAGAUCUUUCAGGAGGUUUUGCUGCUCAAAUCUCUGCUGCAGACGGAGUUUCCAGGUCUCCAGGUCAGACUUUAUCUCCUCUUGCAGAGCAGCUGGGACGCUGAAGGAAUACAGACAACAUCUGUGAGCUGCAGUAUCUGGCUGCCAUGUUGCUGAAGCCGUAACCACCGUGAGGGGAGUCAUGGACAGACAGUUGUCGAAACUCUUCGUGUGAUCAAACCAGUAAGUGACGGGGUAACCCAGUAACAGCCCAAACACAGUACACAGGUUCCACUCCUCACAUUUCUCUCCGCCACUGAGAAGCCUCUCAACCUCGUCAAGCUGCUGCACCCCUCCCAGUAGAAGUAGUAAAUCUUGUAUCAUGCACUUCAGGUCUCCCCUCAGCGGAUCAGCGAGGGUGGGCGACUCCUGUGAGUGGCAGACAUCAAUCACGGCCACGCUGCUCCCCUCAUGAAGAACCUGCUCUAGAUUUGACUUGACUGUGACCGGAUUAACAAUGAGACCAUUUCCAUUUAAAUCCAGCGUGAGCAGCGAUUUAGACACAAGCUGGAGAGACUGCAAAGAGCUCAGAUAGUGCUCCACUUGUUCUGCGCAGGCACCGUUAAUAUCGUACAGAACAGCAGGCUUCAAUCCCAAAUCUACAGCUGACACCUGAGCAGCCAGGUCCAGACUCUGAGGAGCGGAGAGGGACUUUCUACCAGCAGACAGAUACUUACGAGCAGCAGCAACAAAGAGCUCUGAAGCAGACAUGACUGCAUAAAAA